AUGGCGUCGCAAAUUAAUGAGAAGACAGGUCGGGCCUCUCUGAAGGAUAAAGCUAGGCUAAUAAAUUCGUCAACGCUUGCACAGGAGUACUCUCGACGCUCGAUUCUCCUCGAAGAAGUGCUUGGCCAGAGUCCUGAAGAGAUCCUCCGACGCACCUUGUCCACCGGAACAGCUGUUGCGACCGCUUCUAGUUCUGCGCAACGGAUGGACCUCUGUCGUCCGCCCUCGCCAGAAACACAACUUGCCUUUCGAGACAUUGGGCGAGGCAGCUGUGGCAGCAUUUUUGAGGUGCCCGGAGCACCCUAUGCCAUCAAGAAGGGCUCCAACGUUGCGGCGAUAUGGAACGACUUUAACCUGACGAACCUGGCGUACAACUCCCACAUCAAAUGUCUGUUCCUCUUCCGGGACGAUUUCCCCAACCACCAAGUCCCACGUUCUCCCCUUGCCCGGUUUUUCAACAGUCCGGAAUCCUCGUGGUGGGAAACGAACAUGUCCUGCUUUCCAGAGGCAGAUCGUGUCAGGGCCGCGGCUUUCCACCUUGACCGAAUUCUGCCCGUCACAAAAGAGACGAGAGAGGCUAUCGUGCAGACGUAUUUCGAACCGGAUCGGUCCACACAGCGGCAAGUUCUGAGCAACAUUGACAACAAGGACUGUCUCGUUCGUGUGUACUUCGGAGAGAAUUCCCCGAGUGACGAACUGUACGAUAGCUCAGAUACCCUACGCAACUUUCCACUCUACGUCGACCGAGCCCAAGAACUUAAAUUAGACAUCGACAAGCUAGCGGAGGAAAUGGCCCUGGGACUGGCGGUCUUGCAUUGGGAGGCUCAGAUUGAUACACAAGAUGUCGAAUUUGUUAUCGGAACCUCUACUACAACGGUACUUAGUAGCUACCAACCCGACCAUCGCAGGCUGCCUCCUCCCGUUUCUACCUUCGAUGACUUCGGCAAGCGAGAGAUUCAGAUGUGGAUGCUGGACUUUGACAAGGCGACACAGGUUGCUCUGAGUGACACAGACAUUGUUCAGAAAUACUUUGUCGCUGUGACAGGCAACGAUCCAUACUUUCCGCACCCGCAGCUGAAUCUCAAAUUAUGGCAGACCUUCAGUCAAGCGUAUCUACAGGCGAGCAAAGUCAUCCUGAAGACGAAGCGGGUCGGGAAUUCUAUGCUUGAGCUUCCAGGCAUGUUGAUCCAACGCUGGGAGCUCUGGGGAGUCACGAGCACGCAAGAUGACGAAGAUGACCCCUUUGAAAGAGGCACCGAUUAUGAGGAGGACGAAGAGGACUUUUCUGAAGCUACAUCUGAGGACGAAGACGACGAUUCGGGACCUGAGCCCUAA